AUGCUUGUUCUAUUUAAAAAAUGCAGUGAGGAAGGCCUCGCACUAAUAACAGAGUUCUUUGAGGCACUAACUUUGGAGAGGAGCACUUCGGAAGAAACAAGUACCGAAGAAUCUUUUGGUUUGGUGGAGAUCGUUUGGACCACUGAGUUGGCCCAACUCUUAGCCGACCAUAGCAUUCAGUUAAAGAAUAUUAUCGACGAAAGCGUUUCAGCUGGGCUCAGCUGUGGGAAGAAGUGGACUGGUGUUGUAAAAUGGUUCAGCUGUAACACCCUUCCGGUGCCUAGAUGCCAUGCCAUUCGAAGGAAGCACGAGGGCUGGGUUACUGCCCAAGCCCAAAACUCUUUAAGUUGUAGGUUAAAGAAAACUGUAGGCCGAAUUUGUUGUCCUAAACACAAGAUAAACUAUUGUUGCCCUUAUUUUUGCUCGAGUUUUAUCAUGGUAUUUGGAACGAGAGCCCAGCUACGCAGAGCAAAGUGA